CUCAUUGCACCUGAGCUCAGGCUGAAGGUGGGCGGAGCCUGCUGGGGAUCACGUGAGGUCACUAAACAUGGUGGCGUUAAUGAACGAGAGCUCUACCGGACAGUUUGAGGGUGGGUCAUGGAGGUGUCGUCUCACAGCCUCUUCCUGCUGCAGCAGCUCAACGUUCAGAGAGAGUUCGGCUUCCUGUGCGACUGCACCGUCGCCAUCGGAAACGUCUACUUUAAAGCUCACCGAGCCGUGCUGGCCGCCUUCUCUAACUACUUCAAGAUGAUCUUCAUCCACCAGUCCAGCGAGUGUAUAAAGAUCCAGCCCACAGACAUCCAGCCGGACGUCUUCAGCUACCUGCUGCACAUCAUGUACACCGGCAUGUGUCCCAAACAGCCGGUGGACCAGAGCCGGCUCCAGGAAGGCAUCAAGUUCCUUCACGCCUACCAGCUGUGCCGGAAACCCGGCGAGGGAACCGCCGACGCCGCCGCAGACGUGGUCCGCAUGUCCAACCUGUACGGCAUCCAGAUCUCCUCCCAGCUGGCCAACAAGGAGGCGCCCGGAGUCCCCAAGUCCACCACGGUGUCCUGCGGGGCCCCCGAGGAUGGACGCUCCUCCGGCCGGGGGGGACGGUCCCACUCCCAGCUGUCCCUCACUGUCGGACUGGAGGGGAUCCCGUCAGACCGCCAGGCUUCGGCGCUGCGCAACGUCUGCUCCGUGGCGUCCGGAGACGACUCGGACAUCUCGACUCGCAUCAAGCAGGAGCGGUUGGAGGAGGAGGAGGGGGAGGAUGGCGAGGGAGGAGGGGCAGGGGUGGGGUCUCCAUCUCCGGCUCAGGGUAGCAGUCCCAGUCAGGGCCUCCUGUUCAAAGACCGGGCCCUGGUCCUGCUGUGUCCCCGCUGUGGAGAGCGCUGCUCCUCCCCCGAGGGCCUGCGGGAGCACCUGUUCAGCCACGCCCUCGACCCCACCCGCCUGAUGGAGGGGCUGUCGCAGGGCGGCGAGCUGGACGCCGGCGUGGAGGAGGGGCCGCCAGGGGCCCAGGAGCAGCUGGACGCAGGCUGUCUGGAGGAGGCACUGAGACAGAGCCAGGCUCUCGCUAACCAGCUGGCUGCAGAGCUGAGGAGGAGCAGGGGCGGAGGGGGGGGCGGAGGAGGGGGGAGCAGCCCCACCCCCGCCGUCCUGCACUCACGUAAACGCAAGAUCACCUGCGCCGUCUGCAGCCUGCGCUUCUCCCACAAGAGCCAGCUGCAGGAGCACAUGUACACCCACACCGGCAAACCGUCCCGCUACCACCGCUACAACCGCCUCUGCAGCCAGCUCUUCCAGGCCUCCGCCCACUUCUGCGAGGGCGCGGCGGAGCCCGGGGCAGGGGGCGGGGCCGGGGGCCCGGCCUCGGCCGGCACCGCCGCGCUCUCUGAGGAGGCCAACAGGGACACUCAGGACAACGGCAGCUCCUGCUACUCCCUGGACUCUGAGGUCUCCCAGGAGAGCGUGGACGGCGUGCCCGUCGAGUGAUGUCAUCAGAUGAACCAUGACAGGCGUCUCACCUCAAGGCGUGACGGAGCACUCUGGUAGUGAAAAGACGAGUUGAUCCGGGAGACGUUUUCUCUGGACUCAGACUGGACUGUGUGAGGUUUGUGUUGUUGUUCUGUUUCUGUCUCUGCUGCUGUCUGAUGGUCCGGUACCUGUGCAGGUGUGUGUGUGUGUGUGUGUGUGUGUGUGAAUGAGUCAUGUGAUCAUAGUGUGGGGCUGUGGUCAUCAGCUGAGAGGGUCGGACUGUUGGUUUUAAGAGUUAUAGCUCAUAAACUUCAGUAGUGCUGCAACGAUUAGUCGAUUCAUUGAUUAGUCGAUCGACAGAAAAUGUUUUGAAAAUCGAUGAAUUGUUUUGAGUAAUUUUCUAACUUCUGUUUCUCUCGUGUGAAUAUUUGCUGGUUUUCUUUGUCUUUGUCUCAGUAAAUCGCUUUGGGUUUUGGACUGUUGGUCGGGCAAGACGAGACAUUUGAAGACGCCUUGGACUCUUAUUUUCUGACAUUUUGCAAACAACACGAUUAAUCAGUUAAUCGAGAAAAUAAUCAGCGGAUUAAUCGAUAAUGAAAAUAACGUUAGUUGCAGGCGCACCCUUCAGAUAACAUUGACGCCACAGCCUGCUGAUCAUUUUCAUCUCAUCGGUUUGUGUUUAUUUGUGUGAAAUUCGUCCUGCAGAGAAACGUUGAAUCCUGAUCUUCCACACUCACCAGCGAACAGCGAGCGACGGAGCGAGCGGAUGGCGGCUCCUGUAGCGUAAAGCUUCCAUCGGUGCGACGCAGGAGUCGAACCGCGGCCGGGUCUUUAGACUCGGAGUCAAAAGAAACGUGUUGAAAGCAGCAGCAGUGCCUUCGUGUGGUGGCUUGAUGGUUGUUUGUGUCGUGUCCGUCAGUAAAGCGAAGCUCUCGGCUUCAUGACAAUCUGAGUGAAGAGUCAAAAUAAUCCGUCCGCUCACUGAAAACGUUUACCAGCUUUUUUUAAACUGAUGUUUUGACCAAAUUGUUCUUUUUCUAGAAGCGUGAAGAACCCUCGAACUGAAGCUUCCUGCUUUUUAUUUCAGAGUUUUUUCUCUGAGCUGAACUUUAACCCAAAAUAGAAAAAAAAAACUUCCCUUAAAGGAUCAUAACACUGUUUAUUUAAAUAUCGUAACGUUUACAUUUUCAAUCAUUCUGCAGUUUAUAGAUCGAUUUGCUUCCUUCUGGGCAGUUUGUUGGUUUCAGUUCGUCUCUGUGAAAAUCAGCUUUUAUAAUUCGUCGCAGUCAUUUAGUUUCUUUAUACAACAACAACACAAUAAACAAUAGGCACAUUUAAAAAAAAAAAAAAGGAGGGACAUGAAAUAAUAAUAAGCAUCAUGGAGGAAGUACCACUACCUGCUGGUCCGCUCACCUCAGGGGUCACAUGUCGACUGAACGAUUAAAGAAAGCGUUCUGUUUUUCUUUCUCUCAUUUCUGAUUUGUUUCUUGUGAAACAGUGAAAACAUUCACUUAAUGUGAAAUACGUUAAAUGGUACAAUCUGUUAUAAUGAGUGUCAUGGCACACGAUGACAUCACAGGAUGUCACUUUAUUUUGAAAGGGUUACAAGCCCACACAGUUUGGGGAUGAAUCACGGGAGAAAACAGUGUUAUGGUCCUUUAGACUGAGUCGUCUGCUGGGUCUGUGGUCACGUGACCGGCGCUCAUUGACUUCACGGUUGAGAUGUUAUUGAUUAUUGAUCGGUGAAUGUCUGAUUGACAGUCGUGACGUCGUCUUCAUUCUGUGUUUCACUCUAAAAAAAAAUCUAAACUGUAAGUUUUGUGUUGACAUGUUUUGUACAUAGACGUCUGUUUUUUCAUUGAUGGAACAAUAAAGUUUUGUAAAUAAAUG